AUGGCAGCCAGGUCCUUACUAUCCCAUGGCGAUUACACGGUCGGAUGGAUAUGCGCUUUACCCUUGGAGAUGGCAGCCGCAAAGCUGCUGUUAGACUCCAUACACCCGAGUCUACCACGGCCGCCGAAAGACCAAAAUACGUACAUUCUGGGAAAUAUCGGGGAUCACAAAAUUGUUAUUGCCUGUUUACCAAUCGGUGCUUAUGGAAAUGUAUCAGCUGCUACAGUAGCGAUGCAGUUGCUCUCCACUUUCCACUCUAUCCGGUUCGGUCUAAUGGUCAGUAUCGGUGGAGGGGUACCAACCAGCAACGCAGAUAUUCGACUAGGCGACAUUGUGGUGAGCCAGCCAGCGGACACAUCUGGAGGCGUGAUUCAAUACGAUCUUGGCAAAGCGUUAAGUGGUGGUCAAUUCCAGCGAAUAGGGAUGCUGAAUCGGCCACCUAAGGUCCUGCUGACUGCCCUCGCUACACUCCAAGCUCACCACUUCACCGCAGACAGUCGAGUCUUUGAAUUCAUAUCCGAAAUCCAAGCCAAAAUAAAAUCGCGGACGGCUGCGAAUUUUGCACGACCGACUAAGGGCGACUUUUUAUACCAAACUGAAUAUGACCAUAGAGCAUCAGCUACGUGCGUCGAUUGUGAUAAGUCAAAACUGAUUCUACGGCCUUCUCGGGAUCAUGAAGAGCCAGUGAUUCACUAUGGACUGGUGGCAUCUGGAAAUCAAGUAGUGAAAGAUGGCAAACAGAGAGAUCAGCUAGCUCAGGAGCUAGGAAACAAGGAAUGGCAAGGAUAUGCGGCAGCAGUGGCAGCAGCCUAUGCUAAGGACCUUGUUUUAAUGGUUCCAAUCGACCAGAUUGAGACUACUCCAACAGCACGAAAUACUCUAGCAGACUCUGUCCACCGCUUCAACAUCCCCCUGGACCUUACCGCAGUUCCUGUGAUUGAGGAAUUUAUAGGGCGACAAAACGAGCUAGAUAAUCUAUGGCAGUAUCUCCAACCAACAAAUUCGUCAUCGCGGAAAGUUGCAAUCCUUCAUGGGCUUAAAAACACAGCUAGCGAUUCGCUUCGCGCGAGAUCCUUUGCCUUAAACCGACUACCAGGACAGGGUUGGGAUAGGGAGGCGACUAAUGAAGGAGAGGUAGAGCAACGAGCCAGACAUAUGCUACGGUGGCUAGCAUUGGAGGGCAACUCGCGCUGGCUGAUCAUUUUUGACAACAUCGAUCAAUACUCCCCUUUUAAUAGCGCUGCUGAUAAGGGAUACGAUAUUGCGGAAUUUUUCCCCAAAGCAGACCAUCGCUCUAUCCUUAUCACUUCUCGACUUCAAACUCUGAGUGAGCUAGGGAAGUCUUUCCCAGCUCACAGGCUUGACUCUCAUAACUCAAUUGCAUUACUCCUACAAAGCAGUGGUUUAUUAGCAAGAAACACCACCAGCAAAUUUGAUGUCAAUCCAGAUCUCCUUACUCUUACCAAUCGUCUAGAUGGACUACCUUUGGCCAUUGUCAUCGCCGGGGCUUUUAUGCGGGAAACUGGAACCAGCAUCACUAAGUACUUGCAGUACUACCAAGAAGCUUGGUCUAAGCUACAGCGGCAAUCGAAUCCUGGACGUCAGUACCAGCAAGGCAAUAUGCUACAAACAUGGAUGAUCUCAUAUCGAGAAAUCCAGAGGCGUGACCCAAGGGCAGCAGACCUUCUACUGCUACUUGCCUGCUUCGAUAAUCGUGAUAUUUGGUUCGAGUUAUUAGAAAAUGCGUCUAAUAGCUCCGAAGUUCCAGAUUGGCUCGAAAGAGCCAUCUCAAGUGAACUUGGGUUUAGAGAUUGCGUGAGACCGUUGAUAGAAUUCUCUCUUGUUUACACAAAGCAACAAAAGGGAAGCUAUGCGAUGCAUCCUGUGGUACAGGAUUGGUGCGUCCACAUAGCCAGCACAGAUAAAAGUGUGGAUUCCCUCCAGCUUGAUGAACUAGCACUCGUAUGUGUUGGAUACUCGGUCCCUAAUGCAAGUGAACGCGAUUAUACGAGGCUAGAGCAACGGCUUAUUCCACACGCGAUUGCCGUACGCAAUAGACAGUACUCUGCCGACAAUCUUUCCAUUUUGGGAGGGUUUCAUGGACUUGGCAAUCUCUACUCUGAUAAAGGGAAGGUGAAAGAGGCAGAGGAGAUGUACCAGCGAGCACUGGCAGGCUAUGAGAAGGCCCUCGGCCCAGAUCAUACAUCCACUCUUAUAACAGUCAACAACCUUGGCAAUCUCUACUCUAAUCAAGGGAAGCUGAAAGAGGCAGAGGAGAUGUACCAGCGAGCACUGGCAGGGUAUGAGAAGGCCUUCGGCCCAGAUCAUACAUCCACUCUAGAUUCAGUCAACAACCUUGGCAGUCUCUACUCUGAUCAAGGGAAGCUGAAAGAGGCAGAGGAGAUCUACCAGCCAGCACUGCCAAACAAUGAGAAGGUCGCACAUCUCAAUGCAAGUACGGCACGGCGGGCUAUUAAGAAAUUCGCUUUAUUGUUUAAAUAA